AUGAUGGGUUCCAUGGGAGUCGUGGGUGAAGAGGUUCAGCCAAGAAGUUACUGGAGAUGGAGCAAACAAGAUUUCCUACCAGAAGAAUCCUUUCAAAGUUGGAGCACGUAUCGGACCGCCCUGUCACAAACAGGCUACAGGUUCAAGAACCGUCUCAUAAGCAGAUCAGAUGAUAACAAUGAGAUUGGGGAACUUCCAAAGCGAAGUGAAAAUGAUAUGAAGCGUUGCCUCACAUGGUGGGAUCUCAUCUGGUUUGGAUUUGGUUCAGUAAUUGGUGCAGGCAUCUUUGUGCUUACUGGGCAAGAAACUCAUGACCAUGCUGGACCAGCUAUUGUCUUGUCCUAUGUUGCUUCCGGUGUCUCGGCAAUGCUCUCUGUCUUCUGCUACACAGAAUUUUCAGUGGAAGUCCCUGUGGCAGGUGGAGCUUUUGCUUACCUGCGGAUAGAAUUAGGAGACUUUAUAGCAUUCAUAACAGCAGGAAACAUACUUCUUGAGGGCUUUGUCGGAAGUGCAGCAGUUGCUAGAUCAUGGACUUCUUACUUCACAUCACUCUUGAAUCGUCCCUCCAACUCAUUACGCAUCCAUACAAAUCUGACGGAGGGGUACAAUCUACUUGACCCGAUAGCUGUUGCUGUUCUGACAAUAGCUGCAACAAUUGCAAUGAUCAGCACAAGGAAGACCUCUUACUUAAACUGGAUAGCAUCUAUAGUCAAUAAUGUUGUAAUUCUGUUUGUGAUAAUUGCAGCAUUUAUCCAUGCCAACCCAUCAAAUAUGAAACCCUUUUUUCCGUUUGGGGCUAAAGGAGUCUUUCAAGCAGCUGCAAUUGUUUACUUUGCUUAUGGAGGAUUUGACAAUAUCGCCACCAUGGCUGAAGAAACCAAAAAUCCAUCCAGAGACAUACCGAUAGGAUUAAUUGGAUCAAUGUCAAUCAUCACUGUCGUAUAUUGUUUAAUGGCAGUUGCAUUGCCUAUGAUGCAGAAAUACACAGAUAUAGACACAAAUGCAGCCUACUCAGUAGCAUUUCAAAGUGUGGGCAUGACAUGGGCCAAGUACCUGGUAGCCCUAGGUGCCCUGAAGGGAAUGACCACUGUUCUUCUGGUUGGGACACUUGGACAGGCACGGUAUAUCACUCAUAUUGCCCGAGCCCACAUGAUUCCACCAUGGUUUGCUCUUGUCCAUCCAAAGACAGGAACCCCCAUAAAUGCUACACUCUUGAUUGUCAUUCCAAGCGGUUGUAUUGCUUUGUUUUCGAGCUUGAAUGUCUUGGCAGGUCUGUUAUCAGUGAGCACACUCUUUAUCUUCAUGAUGAUGGCUGUUGCACUUCUAGUGAGGAGAUACUACGUGAGAGAAAUCACCCCACAACAACAUCUUUUGAAGCUGGUCAUUUUCUUGCUGAUCAUCAUUGCUUCUUCCAUAGGGACUUCGGCUUACUGGGGACUAAAUCCCAAUGGUUGGGUUGGUUAUGUCGUGACAGUUCCUCUUUGGUUCUUUGGGACUUUGGCAAUGGCAGUAUUUUUACCCCAACAGAGGUCACCAAAAGUUUGGGGGGUUCCACUGGUUCCUUGGUUGCCAUCCUUGUCAAUUGCAACAAACAUUUUUCUUAUGGGAUCUCUGGGUCAUAAAGCUUUUGAAAGAUUUGGAAUCUGCACCGUAGUAAUGCUUAUUUACUAUGUCUUCUUUGGUCUGCAUGCAACUUAUGAUAUGGCCCAUAAGCAAGACCAGCCAGAAUCCCUGAAAGUCGAUGACAGCAACAUCAGAGAUAAGGCAGAGCCUAGAAAUCACAGUACUGUCUGA